AUGGUUUUAGCAGAUCUUGGUCGACGAAUUAAUGCUGCUAUAGCAAAAAUUAAUAAAGAACCUAUCAUUGAUGCUAAAAUUCUGUUCACUGAAAGAGGUAAUAAAAUUUAUGAACCACCACGUUAUAUGACAGUGAACCAAGCAAUUCAACAAUUAUUAGAAAUUGAAGAAAUUCGACAAGAGAAAGCUUAUACAGGUGGAACAAUAGGUAUAGGAAUUGCUUGUCUUGGUUCAAUCACUGAACAAAAAAUUAUAGGAGGUACAUUAAUUCAAUUGCUUGAGGAGGACUUUGGGCCUCCGUUACAUUCGCUUGUUAUAGUAGGGAGUAAACUACAUAUACUAGAGGCUGAUUAUAUGAGAUAUUUUGUUAAAGAUAAAAAAAAUUUUGAUGAAAUUGUAAAAAAUCAAACUAUUUAA